GUUCAAAAUGUGGCAAGGAGUGGCGGUGUCCAAAAAAAGAUACGGGACUAGGACUCGGUUUCCCUGCGGCCCCGGUAGGCUCGCGGGCCAUUGGCUGCGCGGGGCGGAUCUGGUCCCUCACCUCCCCGCCCCCAGUGACACAAUAGCAGCUCCCUCCAAGAUGGCGGCGGCGACGGUGGACCCGGGAGCUGGGAGCCCGCAGGCUGGAGACUCCUCCGGCGGGGGCGCUGGGGGCGCGAUGCCGUCCCCGGGAGAGCAGGAGCUGAGCCGACGCCUGCAGCGCCUGUACCCCGCGGUCAACCAGCACGAGACGCCGCUGCCGCGUUCCUGGAGCCCCAAGGACAAGUAUAACUACAUCGGCCUCUCCCAGGGCAACCUCCGCGUCCACUACAAAGGUCAUGGCAAAAAUCACAAAGAUGCAGCCUCAGUUCGUGCCACCCACCCUAUACCUGCUGCUUGUGGCAUUUAUUACUUUGAGGUGAAGAUUGUCAGCAAAGGAAGAGAUGGGUACAUGGGAAUAGGACUCUCAGCUCAAGGUGUCAACAUGAACAGACUUCCUGGUUGGGAUAAACAUUCCUAUGGUUACCAUGGCGAUGAUGGGCAUUCCUUCUGUUCUUCGGGGACUGGCCAGCCCUAUGGUCCCACAUUCACCACAGGAGACGUGAUUGGCUGCUGUGUCAACCUCAUCAACGGCACCUGCUUCUACACCAAGAAUGGCCACAGCCUUGGUAUAGCCUUCACAGACCUCCCGGCCAACCUCUACCCCACCGUAGGCCUGCAGACACCUGGGGAGAUUGUGGACGCCAACUUUGGGCAGCAGCCCUUCCUGUUUGACAUUGAGGACUACAUGCGGGAGUGGCGUGCCAAGGUCCAGGGCACUGUCCACUGCUUUCCCAUCAGUGCCCGGCUUGGCGAGUGGCAGGAGGUGCUGCAGAACAUGGUCUCGUCUUACCUGGUGCAUCAUGGGUAUUGUGCCACGGCCACGGCUUUUGCUCGAAUGACUGAAACCCCGAUUCAGGAAGAACAAGCAUCCAUAAAGAACAGACAAAAAAUCCAGAAGCUGGUGCUGGAGGGCCGUGUGGGUGAGGCCAUUGAGACCACACAGCGCUUCUACCCAGGGCUGCUGGAGCACAACCCCAACCUGCUUUUCAUGCUCAAGUGCCGACAAUUUGUGGAGAUGGUGAAUGGGACUGACAGUGAGGUCCGCAGCUUGAGCUCCCGAAGCCCCAAGUCCCAGGACAGCUACCCUGGCUCCCCCAGCCUCAGCCCCCGACACGGCCCCAGUAGUUCCCACAUGCACAACACAGGUGCAGAUAGUCCCAGCUGCAGCAAUGGUGUCGCGUCCUCCAAGAGCAAACAGAACCACAGUAAAUACCCUGCACCCAGCUCUUCCUCCUCCUCCUCCUCUUCCUCGUCAUCCUCCUCAUCCCCAUCCUCCGUCAAUUACUCCGAGUCCAACUCAACAGAUUCCACCAAGUCCCAGCCCCACAGCAGCACCAGUAACCAGGAGACCAGUGACAGUGAGAUGGAGAUGGAGGCGGAGCAUUAUCCCAAUGGUGUGCUGGAGAGCAUGUCCACACGCAUUGUCAAUGGUGCCUACAAGCAUGAGGACCUGCAGACAGAUGAGUCCAGCAUGGAUGAUGGUCAUCCUCGGCGACAGCUCUGUGGGGGCAACCAGGCUGCCACAGAAAGGAUAAUCCUAUUUGGCCGCGAGUUGCAGGCACUGAGUGAGCAACUGGGUCGGGAGUACGGCAAGAAUUUGGCCCACACGGAGAUGCUGCAGGAUGCCUUUAGCUUGCUGGCAUACUCAGACCCCUGGAGCUGUCCAGUUGGCCAGCAGCUUGACCCCAUCCAGAGGGAGCCUGUGUGUGCUGCCCUCAACAGCGCCAUUUUAGAGUCUCAGAACCUGCCAAAGCAGCCUCCUCUGAUGCUCGCCCUGGGCCAGGCAUCUGAAUGUCUACGGCUCAUGGCCCGAGCGGGCCUGGGAUCUUGCUCCUUUGCCAGAGUUGAUGACUACUUGCACUAGCUGACCACGCUGGCUGGCCCCACCUGGCCCUCCCUCAGCCCCAGGAGCCCAGCCCUCCAUAGGCACCUGGCACAGGGACCUGGAAGCCAUGGGCAGAGUCCACUCCUCCUGCCUGGCCUCCCCCUCCCUUUCCUGCCUUCUUCCUUCCUUCCUGCCUGCCUGCCUGCCUUCCUUCCUUCCCUUCCUUCCCUUCCUUCUUCUUUCCCCACCCUCAGUCUCUCUCUCCCCACUUCACGUGCAGCGGCCUGUGACACAGUAUUGGCUGGUUACUCUCAUGUAGCGCCUUCUACUUUAAAAGGGGGGUUUUGUUUUGAGAAGGGGUUGGGGUUUUUUAAUCUUUUUUUCCUCCUGACUGAGCCACCAGUAUUUAUCUCUGGAGAGUUUGUGCUGAGCUGGUUUCUGCUAAUUUGGUGAUGAAGCCUAUCCAAGUUGGUGAUAGCUUAUUAUUUUCAUAAGUAAAAAAAUGAGAUUAUAUAUAUAAAUAUAUAUUAAAAAAAAAAAGACAGUAUUUAUCGUAGUGUUAGUGGUCCAGCACCUCUUGGAUGAGGCUGUCCAGAUACCAUGUUUUUAUUUGAGUCCAACUCAUUAAAAAAGAAUCAUCUCUAUAACCUCAGCUAAGUGAUUUGAUUACUUUAGGCUUCCCAUUUGCUGAGCCACAUGCCCAGCUGCAGCCUAGGGAAGCCCAUUAGGCUUUGAGAGGCCACUUAGCGGGCAGGUCAGGCCAAGCUGGUUUACAGCAUCCAAGAGGUGUGGGUCCCUAGGCCCCUGAGAUCUGGACUGAGCAGAGAACGACAGAGCCAGGGGUCCAGAGAAGAGAGGAGUGGCCCAGUGCUACACAGCAAAGCAAAGGAGUGGAGGGUCCUUGGCCAGCACGCUAUCUACCAUUCUACCCUGCCUCUCACUGCCUGCCUUGCCCUUCUUUCUCUCUCUUCCCUUUUCAACGUCCUGCCUCCCCUUGUUGUUAAGAUGGCCAAAUAAUUCAUUUACUCUAAAUUGAUUGCCUGAAAACUACCUGCCUUCGACCCGAGAGCUGCUGUGUGUCAGGCUGCGGGGAAGAAGUCUCUAUUCCCGGGACAGAGGCUCUUGAGUACAGGGGCUACCUUCUUCUUGCCUGGAUCUUCACCGUCUCUGCACAGCUCUGAUGGAAUCGAUGCUUUCUGCUGAGAAGCCAGGACCUUGUGGAGGCGCUGGAGUGGUUGGAACCCUUGGCCCCCUAGGCCAGAACUCACUGCAGCUGUCCCAGGCAGCUCCCUGCAGCUUGGCCCUAGCCACUCUUAGGAAAGACUGUUAUGAGUAUUUGCUGGCUGGAGGAAGGGACCUCAUGGGCUUUAGAAAUAUCCCAUCAGCCCCAUGAGAUGGAUCCUCACAGCUGGUGGGACAAAAACAAUCCAUCAGGGAAUCAGGAGAGGAAGGGCCAAGAUGGCUUUCAGGACUUGGGUGGGCCAUCUGUGGAGAAGACUGACUGUCCAGGAGGAGGAAAGGAAGGAGAUCUAUUCAGAGGAGCACCAGGAGGGGCUGGGAUUUCUCCAUCUGCUUCACAGUGGGAGGGAGCACAUAAGCCCCCUACAAAGGGGCAGAGUCAGAAGUUGAUCUUUUAGUCCCUGCCUGGAUCUGGCCUGAGCCAGCUCUUGCUCUCUCAGUGGACACAAGAAUGGUUGGGAAGGCCUGAGGUAUUAUUUAGUGCCCACCAGGCUUUGUUGGGCCCACAGCUGGACAAGAGAAAUGAUUGAGUUGGACCAACUGCUGAUGUUGGGUGGGGUUCAGGGCUCGGCCCUGUGCUGUCAGAGUUCUGCCUUGGGACAUGACCCUAUAGACUGAUGCUUUUUCUUGGUCCCACCAGGGCCUCAGCUGGCAGCCCCCAGAUCAUGGCCCAUCAGGGGAGGUCUUGUCCUGUCUGUAAAGGAAACGUCCUGUGCAAGGCUAGGGAUGCCUAGUUCCCAAACCCUGAGGUUGGAACAGGCUGUUAAAAUGGUCAGAGCCAAGCAGGAUUGGGAAUUAAAACCAGAGGUUUUUGCAGCUGGAAUGGGAUUCAGAGAACAUCUACUCCAGCAAUCCUCUCCUUUUACAAAUAAGGAAACAGGCCCAGGAGGUUAGGUGACUUGGCCAAAGUCACACAGCAAAUUAAUGGCAGAGUCAGAACUACCCUCAUCUCUGUGAGUUAGGCAACACUGUUUAGUCCUAGAGCUGAAUGGUGGGUGAAGGGUUAGGCUCAGCAGUGUUAGGGAGGCCUCUAGCAGUGUCUGAGCAGCUGGUACUUUCAGGGGUGUGUCAGGGAUGGGGAUGGAUGCCUGGGCUUGGGUUGUGGAGCAUCAGAGAGGGCCCAGGAGGGCUCAGGACAGCUGUUUGCUGCUUGGGGUUGGGUGUCCGCCUGGCUCACACUCUACCCAUGGUCAUCUCCCCAUUUUCUGUGCCUUAUCUCACUGUUUCAGCUGAGUCCAAGUUGUUUACUCUGUUCCUCUUCAGAGGGGCUCUUUGUCCCAUUUGGACAGCUUACCUUUGGGACAUAAGCCUUUGCCCCACAGCCCAUGAAGAGGACAAAAACCAAGCUGCUUGAGCCCACUGUCUUGAUAGUCCAGGCCUGCCUGCCAGCCAGAGGAGCCCCUUAUGCACACCCAAUUCCACCAGCCUGCUUCUGGGAGCCAAGAGUGGGGAAGGUAUCUGGGAGGAGCCCUGGUGAAGAACUCGACUUGGCCCAAGGGGUCAGGAGGAAGACCUAGCCCAGUUGGGUUGUCCAGCCCUGGGGGACCAACCUUCCUUAUGUACCUUUUCUCCUUGCACCAUCAAACGAUUGCUCCUUCCAGAGUGCAUGGAAAUUGGCAGACCAUGCAAAGAAAGCCAGAAUCCUGAUCCUCACCCACGUGGGUCUGUGCUGGGUGCAGGCCAUCAGAACAGGAGACACCAAGAGAUGGAAAAGUGGGGACUGCCCAGCCACCCAGCACCUUCCUACCCCUUAAGCACAAAGAAGAUGAGGCAGAGAACUGUCAGAGCUGGAAGUUCCUAUGGUUGCUCAUAACUCAGGUAUGCACGCUGUGUGGCAGCUGGGCAGCAGAGCCCUACUUGACCACCAGUCCCGUGCACCCAGACCUGUGGCCAGAUUGUGGACUCUGGCUGCCUGAGGUGCCGCCUCUUUGCAUAGGGUUUUCCUCCAUUAGUAACUACAGCUGACACAGACGUCCUCCACAUUGUGCACACUGGUUCUGCCUUUGUCCUCGCAAGUUGAUACUUGGCAUUAGCAUGAAACUUGUGGGAGUGGGAGGGUUUAGAGAGAAUUCUAACACAAAACAUCCUAUUAAAUUGUACUUGAGAGAUGAAAAAACUCCUGUUGUAUUUUGACAGAAUUAUUUUUAUUAAAAUACACAUCCAUGGGUA